AUGUACAAGCCUACAUUUAUGCCAAUCCCUCCGGGUACAAGCCUAGCCGGUAAGACCGUCCUGGUCACCGGAGGUAACUCGGGACUUGGGCUCGAGUUUGCACGCGAAGUGUUGACUUUGAAUGCAUCCCAUGUGGUCAUCACGGUUCGUUCCCAAGCGAAGGGCGAGGCCGCGAUCGCAACUCUUCUGGCAGACCCCGAAGCCCAGGCCACCAAUCAUGAUGCUAAGGUAGAGUACUUUGAUCUUGACCUGGAUGACUAUGAGUCCGGAUUGGAGCUGGUGCGGAAGGUCUAUGCAGAAGUCCCAGAGCUUGAUAUUCUUCUAUGCAACGCGGGCACGAACUUCUUCAACUACGAAACAAGCAAGAGUGGCCAUGAGCGCCUGAUGCAAGUCAUUGGCUACACUCAUUUCCUCGUCGUCCUCAGUCUUCUCCCUCUGCUGCGCCGAACGGCAGCCAAGCGUGGAUCGCCAACACGAGUGACUUUCUUGAGCUCAUAUAGCCACGUUCGACACACUCUGGAGUCCAAUCCUAUUGCUGCAGAGGAAUCGGUCAUUACCCACUUUGACAAUGUCAAGAAAUACGUCUCUGGCAAACGGUAUCAGGAUAGCAAACUCGUCAUCAAUGCUUUUGUCCAGCGCCUCGCUACCAUUGUGCCUUCCUCCGAGGUCAUUGUCAACUGCGUUUGUCCGGGCAUCGUGGCGACAGAUAUCAAUCAGAACUUGCCCCUUUGGGUCAAGCCAUUUAUGUGUGUCUUCUUCAUGAUCAAGGCUCGGCCGGUGACCGAGGGAGGACGGGUCUUGGUUCGAGCCGCCGUGGUGGUGGGUGAGGAAAGUCAUGGAAAGUACCUACAGACGGGCGAGAUACAUAGUGGUGCAUCCUUCCUGGGUCAACCAGCAGGCAAGCAGUUUAUCGAGAAGCUAUGGGCUGAGAUUGUGGCGGACAUUGGCAAGAUCAAUCCAGAAGUGAAGGUCUAUGCUUGA